GCCAUAGCAGCUAGAGUAGUACCAUAGAGAGAGAGAUUGGGCGGAGGCCAGACGGACUUACCUGCAGCGCCAUCGCUCCAGCUUCGUCUUCGAGGUACCUGCAGCACAGUGCCACCUUCACAGGUACCCCCUGCGGCGACAUUGGUAAGUUGCCACGUCAGCAGGCCACGUCAGCAGACCACGUCAGCAGACCACAUCAGCAGGGCACGUCAGCAGGCCACGUCAGCAGCAGGCAGUACCACAUCAGCAGGCCCCCGGCCUGGUCUAUGCUUUUGCGCUCGCAAACAGCCGUCAUGGACCAGAAGUCCGGGGAAACGGACGAGGCCUAUCAGGCCCGGAUGCUGCUUCUGAUUACCGAACCUAAGCAGCAGUCGGAUGCAGUAGCAGCCGCAGCAAAGCAGAAGGCAGAGGAUGCCGAGAAGGCACGUCUGUUGGCAAUUGAACAACAGUGCCAGCACAAUGAGGCAGCAGCAAAGGCUGCCGAUGAAGAACGAGUUCAACGUCGCGAGAAGAUAUUCAGCGGAGAGCAAGCUUUGCUCACAAUGGCAGCGGAUUGGCUGACCGAGGCCGAGAAUGGCAAGAUACCCGAUUCCAUGGUUCCGCAAGUUCGAGCUCAUGUUGCAGCUACACUACGUCAAAGAAAACAAGCGCCACUCGUACUUAUACUCCCAGUCGGGGACGUGUGCCAAACAUGGUUGGACAAUCUCUUGUCCAAGUACGGAGUGGUGGCUGCCGACUUGCAUACCAAGAUCAUCUCGGAUGAUCUAAAGCCGGCGUGGCAUAAGUGGUUCCAAGUAGAGCCGCUGAAUAUCAAGGCAAUGGACAAGCUGAUGGUCUUCGAACAAGCCACGCUGUCGAGUGUUGACUGGAUUGCCGAGUACCAACGCUUGACAUCCGUCCCUGACAUUCAAAUGGGCUUCAAAGCCAUCAAACGCUACUUCAUCUCGAGGUCGUGUCCGACGUUGGGCAAUGCCUUGACUCACGUCAAGGACACCCUGACGACACCGGCAGAACUCUUCGACAAGGCUGCACAAAUUAUUGUCACGAACAAGAAGGCCAAGAAUCUCCAACGUUCGUCUACGCCAUGCCUGAGCAAAGAUCAGCAUCGGUCGAAAGUGGCCAUGGUCGCGGCGGCAACGCCAAACGACCAAACUAGCGAGGCCGUGUCUUCCAAUGAAGGGGACAGACUCGCAGCCGCCCGCGAAGACGAGGCCCCGGAGACUGAGAAAGGGCUGUCAGCCCUUGCGCAGGUCUCCCACGACCUCGUGGCCACCUACGUUCUGCAGCAGGAGGAAAUCCUUCAUCUGCAGCAAACAGUGGACCAGAUGCUCGCACGGCUGCAGGCGUUGGAAAAACAGCCAGCUGCUGUAGCAGCCGCAGGGCCUUCAAACCUUGCCACCCGUGUUCAAGUUUUGGAGGACGACGUCAGCAAUAUCAAGCGUGUGCAUCAGGACUUCCGGACGUCGCAGCAAGCAACGAACUUCCAGUUGGAGACGCAGGUCCAGGCUGCUGCCACCGUGACGCCCGCCGCCGCAUCCUCCCGGUGCCCACCCAAGCUGGAUGACAUUCCCGUCUUCUGCGAUCAGUCCAAGACGGAACCGAUCCCGUGGUGGCGCCAGUUUACUCUCAGGCUCGACAUGCACCAUGUCCCGAACAACGAUCGACAUCCGUGCUUGUACCACCGAUCUGGUGGUGCAUGUCAAGCAUUGCUGGACAACAUCUUGACCAGCCACGGCGUAGCAGUGUCGGAACUGCACACCAAGCUCACUUGGCAGGAGUUGACUGACGCCUUGCACAAGCGAUUCCAAGUGGAGCCGCCCGACCUGCAAGCAAUGGACAAGCUCAACAAACUCCAUCAGAACACGCUGCUCAACGAGUUCUCGGAUGUUUUUGAGACACCCUCCGGUAUAGUGCCGGACCCGCCAAUCUCUCAUGAGAUCAUACUUGAGGCCGGUGCCGUGCCACCGAAGGGAUGCAUUUAUCGCAUGUCCGAGGAGGAGCUCACGGUUCUCCAUGCGAAACUCGACGAUCUACUUGACAAGGGUUGGAUCCGCCCUAGCAGCUCACCUUACGCCCGGUACAAAGCUAACCGUGACAAAUGCGAGUUUGUCCGGCAAGAGCUUGAAUACUUGGGUCAUUUUGUCUCUCCAGAAGGCAUUCGUCCGUUGGCGGACAAGAUUCAAGCCAUCCAGGAGUGGGCCGAGCCGAAGAAUGUGACGGACGUCCGAUCCUUCCUCGGCUUGGCCGGUUAUUAUCAGUGCUUCAUCAAGGGUAACUCGAAGAUCGCAGCCAACCUAAGCAAGUUACAAAGCGAGGAGCGGCCUUUUGACUUCGACGACGAUGUUUGCCAUUCUUUUGAAACACUCAAAGCGGCACUCUUGUCCGCCGAGGUUGAUUGGGUUGAGCGCUUGCCAGACGUUGAGUUGGCUUACAACUCAUCAAUCCAUCCGACUAUCGGGAUGUCGCCAUUCGAGUUUGAGCAUGGUUCACCCAUCUCAUCGCCGUUGGACGCCACUUUGCCGCGCACAGCCGAGAGCGACGACCAUCUUGCGUUCCUUCGUCACAUGCAAGAGCUUCUUGUCAAGGCACGGGAUCAGAUGUCGAAGACACAAAUACGGAUGAGCCGUCAAGCCAACCGCCAUCGCCUUCCUUGCCCGUUCCGCGCCGGCGAUCUGGUUUGGGUCUCCGCCGCGGAGUUCAGCCUUGAGCAAGACAUCUCUCGCAAUCUCCUUCCUAAGUCGAUGAGGCCUUGGCGCAUUCUCUCUGCAGUUGGUGAUGAUCCUGAGGGGCCUUCAUUCCGCAUCGCGGUGCCACCUCACUUGCCCGUCAACACGGUGUUCCACUGUUCCAAACUCGCUCCUUUUGUCUCAGCGGAGUCCGACGAGUUUCCUGGUCGACGUACCCAAGACCCUCCUUCCAUGGACGGAUUUCAGGAGGCCGGCUACAUCAUCACUGACCAGCGCCAUGGCAACAAAGAAACAGAGUUUCUACUUCACUUUUCCUACUGCAGCCACAAGGCUGACCGUUGGCUGACGCGUUCAGAACUGCAGGCCACAUCUCCUGCCGUUCUCUCACGUUAUCUUAGCAAAGGGAAGACCACGCCGAGCACUCCAGCUCCUCGCCUUCCUCGCUACAUUCCGCCAUCGGAUCGACAGCUUCCCCCGCGCCCCGGCUCGUCUUCAUAAGGAGGSGGGCGUGUUACAUGCUGAAAGCCUACACAAGGGCCCCUCACGGGACCCGAGGUUGGAAUAGGGCCCCCAGGUCGCGUCACCGCAACCUGA